UGUAAUACAGUAUGAACUAGUCACGUCUUUCCUGUUCACUGUUAAUUGUACUGCAUGUACGUUGCUGUUUAUGCUUGCUCCAGGUCUUAUAAUAGAACUGACUACUGGCCUAUUCCCUAGGCUUCUUCAAGCGUCUUCAUAUGUUGUGAAAUAUUUUCAAUUUAAAUUGAAUAUUUGUAUUUAUGCACCAUGGAUUACUCGCGUUUUUUAAAUGCAUUAGUGCAGGAGAUGGAGCCGCCUGUCAUUCAACAAAUAUUCGGUUCGACACCUCUCGAUGUGGACCGAAGUUCUUCAUUAGGAAUGCCCAACCCUGCCAUAUUUCCAUUUAGUAAUGCUACGUUCACUCUCAAGGAUGGAACUCGGAUGCAGAUUACAGAAGAAGAGAUGGCUAAAGCAUUGCAGUAUGGUAAAACAAAAGGGUUCAGCAAACUUCUUGAUCUGCUGUGCAAGAUGCAGUGUGAGGAACACCGCCCUCCCACGGCAGCUCUGGGGGAGGGCCCAAGCAAGAUGCGUUUACUUAUGACUCCUGGAGUACAGAUGGCUCUGCUUACGUUUGGUCUGAUGUGUUCCAACGGCAAGGCCCCGAUUCUUGUCAACGUACCAUCUUUCGCCAUUGUUUCAGCACCACUGAUCAGUGCAGUCAGCGAGGUGUUAUGCGUGGAUAUCGAUGCGGAUGGAACAAAUCCUAAAUCGUUGAGAGAGAAUCUUUCAAGAUGGACACCGCAAGAUGCCAAGAAUCCUGAGUCAGGUAUCCCGCGUAUCCUAUGGCUCAACCCAACAUGUAACAAUCCAGCCGGUGUCACCACCUCAGCAGAGAGACGCAAAGAAAUCUAUGCUAUUGCCCAUGAGUACGAUCUUCUUAUCGUGGAAGAUGAUCCGUACUAUUAUCUCCAAGAAGUCAUGCCCAGGGUGCCAAGCUACCUGUCUCUAGACGUAGACGGAAGAGUCCUGCGAUUUGAUUCCUUCUCUAAAAUCGUCUCACCGGGUUUGCGAUGUGGAUAUAUCACUGGACCCGAUGCUAUUGUAAAGAAGAUUGAGUAUGUUUACAUGCAGGGCACCUUCCACACUUGCGUCAUGUCCCAGAUGAUCAUAUACAAGCUGCUGAAACACUGGGGUGCGGCUGGUUUUGAAGACCACGUGCAGAAAACCGUCGAAUUUAACCGCCGGAAAAGACUGCAUGCGUUGGCGAUGGCCGACAAGUGGUUGAUAGGCUUGGCUAAGUGGAACGUCCCUCCUGGUGGCAUGUACAUCUUGUUUAGAGUCUACGACACAGGGCUAACGUCAUAUGAACUCAACGACAGACUGAUCAAGUUACACAAAGUCACCAUGGCCCCUGCAUCAGGAUUCUACUCAAGAGAAUCCCAGUCAGAGGGCGUGGCUACCCUACGUGUUUCCAUAACCAUGGCAGAUGAGGAGUCCAUGGAAAAGGCAAUCAAGGGACUUGGCAAAGUGAUUCAAGAGGCCAGAAAUCAGACAAAAGGAAAGAAAUGAAGAAAGUAAUUAAGAAACUAAACAAAAA